AUAUUGCAGCUUUAAUGGGUUUCAAUGGAGACAUUUUUGUCCUGAGUGUAACUAUUUUGUGUACACAGUGUAUUAUAGAUGUAUUAUAGGAACUGAGGCUGACAUAUCAAAAUUCCCCCCAAAAUACACACCUUUGGCUAAAUGUAUUCCGUUGGCAUUACAUAACAAAGGGUUAAUUUGAAAAGUGAUUCAUCAUCAGUGUCACUGAGGAGAAACGAAACUGAUCUGAAACACGGAACCGAGGGCGUUUGAAAGCGAAAAUUCAAUCAGAUUUUAAUCAGAUAACAGUCUGUAUUUGAUGCGAUCAUGUGUUUGAUUAAUCCGAUCUCAUUCCUCACGCGACUCUUCUUCCGGAGCAUGCGCUGUAAAGCUAUGAGAAAUGAUGAGGAGACACCUGUGUUCUUUGACCUGGAGACGACAGGACUCGACACUUCUGCAUGUGACAUCGUGCAACUGUCUGCCGUCAGCAGGGACAAAACUUUUAACGCCUACAUCGUGCCUCGCUGCAGUAUGACAUACGGCGCCUCUAAAAUCACGGGUCUCACUGUAGACGGUGAAGCUCUACUCUUAUACCGGCGACGUGUACGCACCGUCCCUCUCCGACAGGCUCUGGCAGACUUCAUCUCCUUCCUCAAAACCUUCAACAGACCCUUUCUGGUGGGACACAACAGCAAACGCUUCGACUGGCCCAUCCUGACCCGGAUUCUGCGUCAGUUUGACCUGCUGGAGGAGUUUCAGGCCGUCGUGUCCGGGUGUGUGGACACUCUGGGUUUGAGUCGAGAGAUGUUUCAACUGGAGAAAUACUCACAGCCGUUUCUCGUCCAGCAUUUCCUGCGUCAGUCGUACGGCGCUCAUGAUGCAACUGAGGACGUGAGAACACUACAAGAUCUUUAUGGAGUCUGGAAACCCUGUAAAGAUCUUGUGAACAAGCACAAAAUAAUCCUGUAAUGGCCUCAAUACUCCGUCACAGACAGAACUCGUACUGUUUGUACUGCCUGUUUAUGGGAUCAAAAUCCCGUCAAAAGUAUUGCGGUCACGGAUCCAAAAAUAAUAAGCGCAGAUAAAAAAAUAAUACGGGCACUGAUAAAUAAAAUAACAAGCAUGAAUCAAAAAUAUAUAAACACAUUUAAAAUAUGCUGCAAAAAAACAACAGAAAAAUUAAAGCAAAGUCAUCAGAAUUGUGAACAAAAUCAUGUUUUCCUCGGUUAUAUUACAGUUUUUAUACUCUCUGACAAUUCUGCUCAUAUUUUCAUUUUUUUGUACGCUUACACUGUAUUUUUCUUUGCUUUUGUUUUGAAGUUCUGCACUUGAUUUUCCAAAACUUGUGAGUAGAGUUUCAUGUAAAUCAGGGAGUGUUUUGCGUUCCUAUUGGUCCACUAGUUCUUGACUGACAGCUCCUCCUCUAGCCAAUCAUUGGAAGAGGGGAAGUGACAUCACUCCAGUGCAACUCCAACGGCUGCUGCUCAAUAUUAUAUUAUUUGUGGUUGAUAGAUACGCUGCUUGUGUCUGUUUUGAGUAUUUUCUGCAGCUCUAGGACACGUGUUGUCUGAGUAGGUCAUUAUCAUAGUCCGUUAACGCAUGUAUCGAGUCAGAUGAGUCUUUAGUUUAGGCAUUAUUUAAGACUUCCUUGUUUGUAGGUUAUUGGCUGCGUAUGUAAUAAAUCAAGUCUGUGUUGGUGUGGAUGUUUGAUGCAUGUUUUUACUAGCAGUACCAAUGUAGUCACGAGUUCAGAACCCAACUUGAUCCGCUUUUUCAUGUUGCUGAAUGUGCCGUUAUGUACUGAUCCUACGUUGGCAUCGUUGGCAUGGCUUCAUGUAGUUUCUUUUUCCACGAUACUGCAGCGAAAUCUGAAACAAGUGACCAAGCGUCCCCACGUCAAUAAAUAAUGCAAUAAAGUUGCCUUGACGUUGGACAUUCUUGAUUCACAAAUAGAUGCAAAUUUAGGGACCGUCUCUAAAGAUACAGCAACAUUGGAGCAUACAUAUCCAAAACAUUUACAUAACAUAAAGUAUACAACUUCAGUAACAUUUGAAGCAGAUGACUUAGUCAUACAACCAACUCCAAAGAGUGCAUGUAGGUGUCCGCAAUAAUGCACACCUUUUAGAUUUUCGAUAUCAUAAAAAACAAAUGUUCAAUUAUGUGUACGCAUUUCUAUAUUCAUCGGUAUUGUAACAGGCCUUGGUGUCGGGAUCUGGAUUUUAUUUCAUGGAAAAGCAGAUCAAGUUGGACUACAUUGGUACAGCUAGUAAAAACAUGCAUGAAACAUCCACACCAACACAGCCUUGAUUUAUGACCUGUGCUAAUUAUCAUGAUCUGCGCUUUUUAUUUUGAUUCAUGCUUAUUAUUUUUGGAUCCAUGAUAACUGGUUAAUAUUGAAAAGUAUUAUAUGGUUUAAAGUAAGAAAGUUGCACUAAACUGAAAAUUUGUGCAUAAUGCAUGUUUGGUAUAGUGGCUUAGUGGGUGCAAUAUUUUAAUUAUGUUAGUGUCUUUGAUGGCAGAUCUUUUAUCAGCCAUCCACAAAUAAUGCUGCAAAUUAUUUCUCUAAACUUUAAAGGUGGUAUUAACUGAAAUACAAGUGUUUUUUGUAUAAAAGUAUUGAUUUUGCAACAAUAUCUGGGAUCUUUUUAUUGAAAUACUCUGUCAAUAAAUGAAAUAACUUUCACAAUUAGCCAUAUGUGUAAAUGACAGAAAACGACUGUCAUUGAUGCUUCAAAUAAACGCACUGAAUGUCAAAAAAACAUCGUUCUUUUUUUCCAUUUUUGUUUCAAUUUAAAAAUGAGGUUCUGAGUUUUGAGAAUCAGUUUUGCUUCCUGCCUUUAACGCAGGUGUGUCAGACAGCAAAUAUAACAUCUCACAAUGUCUGUCCUGAUGCAGUUUAGUAAUGAAGUUAAUUUAAUGCAAUACUAAAUACACAACGGCAUCAUGUAACGAUGUUAAAUGUACACUAUUUGAAAAUAGUAAGUUAUGGAGGGCAAAAUUACUCAAAAUUUGUAUUGCAUUUCACAGCACCUUUAAAAAACAACUGCUGUUGACCAAAGUGCUUUCUGAUUAUAAACAUUAGACAUAAUAAAAUUGUGGAAAACAUCAAAUAAAAUUAGGAAUUAAAUUACAAUUAAUAAGUGUCCCUCAUUUCAUCUUUGGGUUGAUUUUUCAUUUAGGUUAAAUCCUAACAUAACCCUAAAAAAAAUUAUUUUGAAAGGUGACGCCCACUGUCGCUGAGUGACAUUCCAGUAACCGCAACCCUGAAAAUGAAAACAACAAAGUUUGUGCUUAAAAUAAAAUUAACACAAUGAUAAAAAUAACAAUGGACAAACUAGUAAAGGUAAUAAAAUUUUAUUUGUAUUUUUAGUGAUUAAAUUAUCUUACUUUUUUUAUACAAUUUUUAACAAAUUAAUAAUUUGGACAUACAGUAUGUGGUUUAAAAAAAAAAAAAAAAAUUAAUUAUGUUUAUUUAUUUCUUGUUUUUGCAGGUUUCGUCCUCCACGUUCCAUAGUAAUUUCUUCAGAACAGCUAGAAAUUUAACAUAGCUGAGAAUCGAGCAUUUCUGCAUUAAAGUUUACUAAUUAGGCCUAAACAUGUUUACAACUAUGUAUAAAAAUAUACUUUUAUAUUCGUUCAAACUUUAAAACUGUGUUAUGCUUGUGAAGAGACCCUACAAAACGCUUACAACUCAUUAGCCUAGUUUCCAUCCACUUUUCGUGCUAUUUUGUUAUCGACAAAGUGAAAAUGCGUAAAAAAAAAAUGUGGGAAAUUUGCCGUCUUCUGCCUGUUUCCAUUCAAAUGGCCUUUUAUCGAUAAAAAUGGUGUGCGUGAUGACGUCAUGCCUAAAAAAACACUUUGUCGCAUAAGUUUUGGUUUAGCGUAAAAGAAAUCUGCCCUGAAGCCGUUUCCAUUCAGAAAUGUGUUUAUCGCUAAUUCGCCUCCCGGAUGUCCCUAAUUUUCCCCCUGAAGUUUUGGUAAAAUGGGGAGAGUAUUGAGACAGUUCAUUGAAAUUAGCCAGCUUACUGUUAUUUUAAUUUCACAAAUAAAUGCAAUCAGAAGAUGAGGAAAUGCAAUCAAAAGAGAGCAGUUGCCCUUCUGAUAGGACUGUAAUAUCGGUCCUGAUGUUGCACCUAUCGCAGGUUGCCACCGGUUCCGACCCGAAAACGAAUCAUCAUGGCCCUGUUCAAGCUGGCAACCUGCACUAAGUAGUGGGGGAAACUUUCAGUCUUAGUAUAAGGAGCAUCCAUCCAUGUGUAUAUGCUGUGUGUACAGAUAUUAAAGAAACAUUGAUGCCGUGUAAUAUCAGAGUUUAUAUAUGAUACAUUUCUGAUAUUCAAGAGGAUAUUAUGAACAAUCAUCUAAUCUAAAGCAUCGCCAUCACAACUGCAUUAUGUCCUGUAUAUUUCUCCAGCAACUUUUAACGACCAACUGAACUUGAUUAUCAUCUAAAAUUAAUUUUAGCGUCAUAAUGCAAUUUACAUUUUCUGAAGAAGCUCAGCAAAUGCGAUCCGAGGUAAAGAGGGUUAGAUUUAAAAUAUUUAAACGUUUUAAAAGGUUCAAAAACUCGUUUUCUGAAAGUGAACGCCACAUUGGACAAAUAGUUCUGAAGUGCAGAAAAAACGACUUUAUUCGUCUACAGAACAGGGUACGGCUAAUUUAAGUUUGUGUAAAGAAAAGGCAUAUAUAGGUCUAAAAAUAUUUUUUUUGUUUGGUAAUUUAUUUAAUUUAAUGCUUUAUUCAUUUAGUAAGCUAAUUUAUUUAAUAUAAUACAGCGAAUUUUGCCAGCAUUUUUUUCGAAAGUAAAAACAAUCAUUUAAUAAAAUUGGGUUAUAUGUUCGUGUUCCAAAAAAGCACACUGAAGCUUUUCUCCUAGUAUUGUGUAUUUAUUUUUAAUUUAAAACAUCUUAUGAAAUUAUAUGUAUGUAUAUUUUUUGUAUUGUGGGCUAAUUCCGUGACUGCCGUCUAUUACUUUGAAUGGUGUGAAAAAGCAACUUUAAUAAAUAAACGGAUGUCUACCAUGAUUAAAUUAAUCACAAACAGUGGACAUUCAUUUGUUCUCCUUGCACUUUUCGAUGACCGGUGCAUGAUACGAGAUAUUUGUGUUGGCACUCCUGGAAGUGUCAUGUUUGCAGUGAUUGGAUCUAUAUGCCGUUAAGAUCAAUCCAUAAUCACGUACAAUAAAUUGGCUUUCAAGAAUCCUGUAACUUGUCGUCAUGAUUAACACAGGCAACGAUUGGGGCAAAUUCUAUCAUGUGACACUACAUUUUUGCAUUAAUGACAAUUUUCUCGACAAAGUGUUUCCAAACCAGUUUUUCGCGACAUUGAUGUAUCGA